AUGGUACGAGAAAAAGAUACAAUGACAAAACUUCUAGAGUGGAUAUCUGUUGCCUCAGCAUUCUUUGCAAUCUGGUACUCCCUAAUAGGUGGAUAUGUCAAGCAUCCACUGAUUGAAGCGAACAUGAGCCUAAUUUUAAUAUCUCCAAUAUGUUUUGUAAUUAUUUUUGGACUCUACGCCUUAACUGUUGUUUUAUAUAGAGUGUUCACUUUUAAUAACUGCGAAUCAGCAUUUUUAGAACUGCAGCGACAAAUAAAGGAGGCUAAUAAAGAUUUAGUAGCAAAAGGUCUAAAGUGGUAG